AUGACACCCCAACUAGAAACAUUCAUCAGAGCUCUGUCCCGACUCUUGGGGUGGGCAUAUAUGCUCUGCUGGUCCGGGUCAUUCUAUCCUCAACCCCUUACGAACUGGGAGCGGAAAUCUACAAUCGGGCUCUCUAUUGACUUAUCCACCAUCAACCCACUGGGCUUUAUCAGCUACGCCAUCUACACAUCCGCAUUUCUCUACUCACCAACGAUAAAAUCGCAGUAUGCGGCCCGGCAUCCUGUCGCCACCGAGCCAACUGUACGGUUCAAUGAUUUCGCAUUUGCAGCCCACGCGGUGGUCCUGAGCUCCAUUCUCUACACACAAUUCUGGCCAUUGAUUUGGGGGUUUCAUGUCGGACGCUUCCAGAGGGUCAGCUGGUCGAUGGCCCUCAUCUGGUGGGGCAGCGUCCUGACCCCCGUUUUGGUGACGGGCAUCGUGUUGUUGCAAAGUCCCGAUGGAGGGUAUGAUGCUUCUUCCUGGGCAUGGAUCGACGUGAUUUAUUCAUUCUCAUACAUCAAGCUUCUCAUCACCAUUGUGAAGUACAUACCCCAGGUGUGGUUGAAUUAUACCACAAAGUCCACUGCUGGCUGGAGUAUAGGGACUUGUAUCCUAGACCUGGCUGGUGGUGUACUCUCAAUGAUCCAACUUGUGCUUGACUCGAGCCUGCAAAGUGACUGGAGCGGUAUCACCGGUAACCCGGUCAAAUUGCUGCUUGGGAAUGUCACUAUAUUCUUUGAUGCAGUCUUCUGUAUCCAACACUACCUUUUAUAUCGCGAUAGUCCUGACCCGAAGUUAGCGCCUGCACCCGGUGAACAAACACCUCUCUUGGUUGAACAAGAUGAUAGCGUGGAAGCCCGGGUAUGA